CAGAAACGGGACACAAUGGAGGAGAGGAAAAGAAGAGAAAACAGGCCACAGAGAGGGAGGUGUGACUCAGACAAUCCUGCGGAAUGCAUGGACCUGUCAGCCAAUCAGGACGAGGAAGGCGACCAGGAAGUCUUCCAGUUGGAGAUGAGUCGUGAGGACAGGAAGUGUGCCUUCAGAACCGCUGCUGGGAAAUACUGGACACUGACAGCGACAGGAGGACUGCAGUGCACCGCCUCCACCAAAUCAGCCAACAGCUACUUUGAACUGGAGUGGCGUGAUGGUCGUGUGUGUGUGCGUGCGGCUAACGGCAAGUAUGUGACCGCCAAGAGGAACGGGCAGCUGGCUGCCACUAUCGACAACGCAGGCGAAGCCGAACAGUUUCUGAUGAAACUGAUCAACCGGCCAAUCAUCGUCCUCCGUGGGGAGCACGGUUUUAUCGGGGCUCGUAAAGCCGGAAUGGCGACCCUGGACUCUAACCGAGCUUCCUACGAUGUUUUCCAGCUGGAGUUCCACAACGGAGCGUACUCCCUCAAAGACUCUCAGGGGAAGUACUGGUGCGUUGGAGACGACACGGCGGUGGCGUGCAGCAGCUCCACACCUGUCCAGUUCCUGUUUGAGUUCUGUGACCUCAACAAGAUGGCCAUCCGUGUGCUGGGGGGCAAGUACCUGAAAGGAGACCACGCUGGGGGGCUGAAGGCCAGCGUGGACUCCUUGGACAGCGCCACCCUCUGGGAGUACUGAGAAAGCACAGCCCAGACUUCCACUAUCUGACACAACAAGGCUUCAAACUAUUGAUCGAUACUGUAGGUAGCUGUUUUUUUUUGUAUGUGUGUGAUUGUGAAUUGGUCUGGAUGAACGUGUGGUUGAAACUGGAGCUGAUAAACUGGAAGUCGUUGGCCAUUUUUUAUUUUCUCUUUCUUAAACAUUGGUCUCUUCUUACUGGGCUUUUUACUGGAGAUUUGGAUUGAAUAUUUCUUGCUGUUCCGACGUGUUUGAUAAACGAAUCAAGGUGUGGUUGCACAUUAAUUGUUUCAAUUCCAGUCAAACAGACACAAAACCUGUACCUGAUGAAUUUCACUACGAUUACUGUCAUUAUUUGUGCCUAUCUGUGGUAACUACUGGUGGAGAAUGCUAUAACUCAUAUUUCACAAUAUCUAACCUUGUUGUUAAAUGUGCUGCUGGCUGUAUUACGCUGCUUCCAUCUCCUGCUCUCUUUUAAACUAUAAAGCAUAACGCACAUCAGAUAGAGGGAUGUAACUGGUGAACUUGUUUCUGCUGUAUAUAAUGCUUUCUUUGUCACUAGAUGCUUCAAAAACAUAGUAACCAUGAGAAGAGCAACUGGAAAAGUGUCUUGAGGCUGUAAAAAGAGAAAUGGCAGUUGGAUCUAAAGUGUUUUCCCCAUGUGCACAAUCCUUUCCUUCCUCCGUCUAUAAAGCACAGGUGGACAUCUGUUUAAAAAGCUUCAGCUCAAAGGUUUUCAUUCAAGAUCAGAUAUGUCUGGAGGAAGUAAUCGAAAUGAGAGGAUGAGUUAGAGAAGGAUCUUUGAAACAUAUUCAGCCACAAUGGGAGGAACAAAAUGAAAGGGAGGUGUUGGAUAGGGCCUCGUUACUGCACACUCAAAAGCACCAAACUACAGUCGACUGACUCAAAGUCUGCACAAUACGGUCGUGUCUAUUUGAAAGAAGUUUAAAGCACAUGUCUUGUGUGAUUGUCUGCCUUAGAUUGGAUGCUGCUGCUGGUGUGUAAACACAAUGACACUCAGUCGUCUCUCUGGCUGUGAUUGUGGCCGUGCCUUUCAUUGAGCAUUUCAGUCUUUUCUUUUCCAUGUUCUUACAAAACCCCAAUAAAGUUUUACCUCUUAA